ACGUGUAUUCUCCCUGACAUCGUCGUCCAUCGCAUUGUCUUCCUUAUAUAUAAAUCAGAGAAGUUUUGAGCUUGUUUCCAAAAUUCAUCAAGAACUUCAAGAGUAAACAUCUAAAGAAUUGUGUUCGUGAUACUAAAAUAUAGUGUUAAAUUUGUGAAAAGACCGAUCAUGAAGGUACUGCUGUGCAUUUGUGUUCUAAUGGCUGUGGCUUAUGCCCUUCCUGUUGAGAAGGUGGCUGAAAAAGAAGGAGUUGUAAAAUUUGCUCCAGUUGCAGUAGCUGAAGAUCAUGCUGGAGAAGAAGGGGUUGAUUUAGUUCCAGCAGAACAAUUCGGAUUUGGAUAUGGUCACUAUGGAGGUUACGGAGGUUACGGUCACUAUGGUCAUGGUCAUCAUGGUCAUUAUGGUCAUCAUGGUCACUAUGGACAUGGACAUCAUGGAUACGGAAGCCACUCCUUUUCACAUUCAUCCAGCGGAUAUUAUGGAUAAAUUCGCAGCUUUACACUAGAAUAGCUAAAGUAUCGCCAUUUACAAAGAAUUUGGACCUUUUCAGAACAACUCCGAAGAUGUAUUAUUUGAACAUAAUGUGACUUAAAGUGAAAUAAAAAGCAGCAUUUAUGAAUUAAA